AAACAAUUUACAAACCCUAGGUCAGCUUGUAUUUAUAACACCCCCUCCCUUUGUGAAACUUCAGUCUCCUGCACCUCUCUCUGCAUUUCUGUACAUUGCAUUUUAGAUUUUUUGAGGAAAAAAUAACACCCCCAUGAUCCUUCAAACCACCUUUCUCUUUCUACGGUACUAAGUUGGAAAAAAAUAAAAGUUAGAUAUGAAGGGUCGAUGUUCCAAGCAAGAAGCAAAAGAAGGAAUGGAAAUUGAUAGAAUUAGAAACAGUCACAAAGAUGAGCCUCCUCAGCUCUCUGGUGCUUACAUUCGGAGCCUGGUUAAACAACUCACCACUUCCAGAAGUGCCAAAGACCCUGAUUACGUUAAUGGCCAAAAUUUGAGCAAAUUUGGUGAGGGUUUUAGUGCUACACCACAGACACAGAGCCAGGUGCAACCACACCCACCACCUAAACAACUUAAGAAACAGGUUCGGAGGAGAUUUCAUACCCGCAGGCCUUACCAACAAAGGCUGCUUAACAUGGCUGAAGCUAGGAGAGAAAUUGUCACUGCACUCAAGUUCCAUAGAGCUGCCAUGAAACAAGCCAAUGAACAGCAACAAGAAGAGCAAUCAUCACGGUCACUCCAGCCUUCUCCUUCAUUCCCACCACCUUUUGAGCAAGAACCAAAGACAAACAACUUGUCUACCUAUAAUAUAGACUAUUUUUCCCAUUCCUAUAGUUGGCCUCCUUCUUCUCCAAGUCCUUUUACAUCUACUGCACACACUUUGAAUCUACCAGACCAAACCCUAGGUCUAAACCUUAACUUUCACGAUUUCAACAACAUAGACUCCAACCUUUACCAUAACAGCAAUAACCCAUCAAUCUACUCAUCUUCAUCAUCCUCAUCUUCCCCAACUCUAUCAGUUGUAACUGAAGAUGUGCCUUCAGUUGCAGUGUCACAUGAAGUGGGGCCUGGGACUAUGGCCGAUUCAACAGCAUCCUACGGUGGGGGAGACCUGCAUCAAGCUAUGGACGAUGAGGGAAUGGCUGAGAUGAGAUCAUUAGGAGAGCAGCAUCAAAUGGAGUGGAAUGACACCGUGAAUUUGGUAACAUCAGCAUGGUGGUUCAAGUUCUUGAAGAGUAUAGAAGAUGGGAACGAAGUGAAAGGUGAGGAUGAUGGGUACCACAAACCAUUUGAUCAAGUCAUGGAACUCCCUGCCUGGUUGAAUGCAAAUGACUGUGGCUUGCAGCACCAUCAUUUCAAUAAUCUUUUCCCAGAUUCUUACUUCCAGGAUUCUGAUUCUGCCUUACCUUGCAUGGAUAUUGGAGAAAUUGAAGGAAUUGAUGGGGAUUGGCAUUGGCUGGCUUAAUUCACAAGGAUUGUUUACGUUUUUAAUUAAUCAAUAUCAUCUCACCUCCCUUUUGUUUUUUUGUUUUUUUUUUUUGAUUAAGUCCCUUUCUCCCAUACUUUUUCUUUUUCUUUUUACCUAUAGUACUUUUAGAGAUAUCUCAAUCUAAAAAAGAAAAAAAUAUGAGAAAGGUGGCAAGUGGCAAAGCCAUUGAAGAAAAUAGCAUAAAAUGUCGGUAUCAAGUAUCAAGAGAGGAGUUUGCUUUUUGCCUCUACCAUUAAUGCACUAAAUUUUCCAACACCAACAAUUUUCUUUGUA